UAUACGGGACAACAAUAUUUAUCUCAGUUUUGUACAGCUCUGGGCACUACACUGUAGCGCUGCAAUCCUUUUAAUCAUAUCAAAAUAGAAAAUAAAACUUAACCAAACUGUCGAAAACAAGUGAUUGGCAAAUGGCAACUAACAGAGUUUACUGUUUGUGUGACUGAAUUGGCCUUGCUUCCAGCAAUGGAUCGUUUGAAUCGUUCUGCGGACGCUAAGGCUCCCUACGAUGGCUGUCCUGUGGAGAGAGGUUACCUGCUUUUGGAAUACCGUUGUCUGAAGCUGUACUUUAUUAAACGAAACUACUCGGAUGCCGUAACGCGCUGUGAAGGUGACAGAGGUCAUCUCUUUAACCUCAAGUCACGUGACGAUGGCCCGGCCCUGCUGAUGCUGAUGGAGACGAUGGGUAAAGAUCUCGGGACUAUGGGUAAAAGUGUGUGGGUUGGAGCGAAUGACAUUAAAGUGGCGAAAGUCUUCCGGUGGAGCGACAACACCACGUUGGCGGUAGACUCCGAGCUUUGGGCCGAUGGGCAGCCGGACGACAUGUACGACGAUGUCAAGAAUGUAGAGUGUGUCAGAGUCAGCUACAUGAACCAAGUCGUCCUCGACGACGUUCCUUGCAGCAUGAAGCUGUGGUUUGCUUGUCAGGUAGACAUCUGAACGGAGUGAAUGACAAAUAAUGUGCUGUCAACACUGUACAUUAGUAAUGUUCAGUCAGCUGGUGUCAGUCUCCUGUCCUUACCAUGGCACACGGGCGAGGACUGUCCAUGCUGAUAGUUGACGAAAUAAAAAAUGUUCGAAUCACUCCUCCCA